CGCUCCUGCAGACAGUGUUUUUAAGUCGCCAGGCUGAGGGACUGUAACUCAAUUAAAAGAGGAGCACAAGCAAGGGAGAGAGAUCUGGCAUGGUUUGUGUUUGUGCUGUCACUACAGCCUGUUGCUGCUUUGUUUGCGUGUCUGACAUUAGAUGCUGCUGAUUAGGAGCUAUCUGAGGGAGAGAGAAAGAAAAAGAGCAAACAUGGGUUAAGACUCACAAACAAAACACAUGACAGGGAAAGAAGAAAAACAGCAAGAAAGCCUCCUACCACCCCCCUCCUUUAUGGGCUUGGCCAUUUGGCUGUCAGACGGACCUCAGAAGGGAGAGAGGGGAAAAGAGAGGAAGCGAGUCAGAAGUAAAGAAAGGAAGAGGGGGGGGUAACAAGUUAGAAAAGAGGAGAGGAGCAACAGCUCCAGCCAGAACAGGGGGAGAGAGGAGGGCAAGGAAGAGGCAGCAAGCGCCUGAUGAAAAGAGAGAUAAGUGGGGAGAAAGUAGGGAGCGAGAGAGAGUAGAAAAGAAAGAAGAGUGGUAGUAAAAAAAAGGAAAAGGACAGAGAGAAGCACUGUCGGAGGAGGGGGACAAAAAACAGGGGGGAGUUGUCCUGCUCAGAAGCCAGAGAUCGUAAAACGCCCUCCUCCACAGCUGCAAACAUUGCAGUCACACACACAUUCACACACACACACACACACACACACACACACACACACACACACACACACACACACACACACACUUGCUUGACAGCACUCACAUGCUCCAAACUCAAGAAUCCACUCUUACUUUGUCCAGUCUGUGGGCUGUGCUUACACACACACACACACACACAAAUUCUGCUAAAAUCGGACAUAAACAGAGGGGGAAGAGGCAGGGCAGCGAUGGGCAGGGAGCAUGGAGACUCCUAUUGACUUCUACCGGCACUUCUCCUGGCUCAAAAAGGUGAACCUGUGUUCUCCAGCCAACAAUGAAACCUACCAAGAGCGACUGCUUCGCCUAGAGGGAGACAAGGAGUCUCUGGUGCUACAGGUGAGCGUACUGACGGACCAGGUGGAGGCCCAGGGAGAGAAAAUCAGAGAUCUAGAAAGUUCUCUGGAGGAACACCGGCAGAAACUGGCCUCCACUGAGGAGAUGCUUCAACAGGAACUGAUCAGCAGGACCUCUCUAGAGACUCAGAAGCUCGAUCUGAUGGACGAAGUGUCCUACCUUAAACUAAAGCUGGUUAGCAUGGAGGAGACACACACCAACACACACCCACAAGAUCCUACGGACACACAGCAGAACAAAGCUGAGUGUGUGGUAAAUUUCAUCAGUGAGCUCCAGGAGCAGAUGUGCAGGUUUCAGGCAGAGAUCAGCACUCGCAUCCAGGAGAAACGGGCCCUGGAGGAGAGGGAAGCCCAGCAGGGGGAGCCCAGAGGCAGCAAAGCCCAGGGCCACAGCCCUCAGCUGGAGUUAGCCGGCUCAGACCUUAGCCUGUCUGGCUCUGAGACCUGGAUGCACAAUGGAGGACAGACUGUACACGAUUUGUUACAAGAAGUGAAGCAGCUGAAAGGUAAAGUGGAUGAGCUCGAAGGAGAGAAGAGCCAAUAUGAGAGAAAACUACGAGCAACCAAGGCAGAAAUCUCAGAGCUGCAGCAGCUCCUGGCCUCCAAAGACGCUGAGAUCGAGUGCCUGCAGACCCAGCUGCUGGCCAGAGACGGCACAGCCAGUGACAACGCUGAGAGAGAUCAGGAAUACCAGAGGCUGAAGGUGGGCAUGGAGUCUCUGUUAGCUUCAAAUGAUGAAAAGGAUCGUCGUAUAGAGGAGCUAACCAUCCUGCUUGGCCAAUACAGAAAGACGAGGGAGGUGAUGGCUCUCACACAGGGGAGCAGUGAAGAGGAGCUGAGUGGCAGUUUAAAACUCAGAGCCAUCACACACAAAGCACACUCUGACAUCCUUAGGUCAGAGUUGUCAUCAAGAGGAUCUUCUCCACUUAUGUUAUCUUCAUCCCCUUACCAGAGAGAGCUGGACAUAAGUAUCCAGAAUUCGCUGGACACAUCACUGCUGUCCACUGGAGACACAAGCUUCUUUAAUGGAUCAUGGCACCAGCGCAGGUUGUUGUCCAGCAGUCUUGAAGAGUUGCAGAGUGGAUCCUUACAAAAGGCUGUAGAGAUCCAACCAGCUGAAAGUGAAUCAGAUGUAGGGGCAGAGAAUCCACACAUGGAGCUAAGCAAGUACCAGACUCUGCCGGGGAAACUGCGCAAAAAGAGCGAACUGAGGGUUGAGCUGAAUGGAGAUGGAGAGUAUUUAUCUCCUGUCCAGCUCUCUCCUGUUCACAGCCAAGACCAGGACUACAGGCUGAGGCGUCCAGAGAAGCUGGAGGAGAGCAUCCUCUCAGACCAGUCCCCUCUGUCCUCUGGAGUGGACUCUGGACAACAGUCCCCUGUCUCACCAGAGAACAGGAAGGGUCACAGAGGCAUUAAGAAACUCUGGGGGAAGAUCCGUCGCAGCCAGUCAGGUAGUCCUGUCCAGGUCCACGACCCAGAGCUGGGAGAGUUCAAGAGGGGAGGCUUCAGAGCCACAGCUGGACCACGACUGGCCCGUCCAACAAACACACGAGACCUGAAGAUGCCUUUCUCCAAGUGGAGCACAGAGCAGGUGUGUGACUGGCUUGAGGACAUUGGACUCGGUCAGUACGGCAUCCUCGCUCGCCACUGGGUCACCAGCGGUCAGACUCUUCUGUCGGCCACCCCGCAAGACCUAGAGAAGGAGAUGGCGAUGAAGAAUCCUCUCCACAGGAAGAAGCUGCAGUUAGCCAUCAAGACAUUCAGCAGCAAGCAGCCUGAGAAGUCUGCAGAGCUCGAUUACGUCUGGGUCACACGUUGGCUGGACGACAUCGGCCUUCCUCAGUACAAAGAUCAGUUUAAUGAAGGAAGGGUGGAUGGACAGAUGCUGCAGUACCUCACUGUGAAUGACUUAUUAUUCCUUAAAGUGACGAGCCAGCUCCACCACCUCAGCAUCAAGUGCGCCAUUCACGUUCUCCAUGUCAACAAGUUUAACCCCAACUGCCUCAAACGCAGGCCCAGCAAUGAGAACCAGUUCACUCCCAGUGAGGUGGUCCAGUGGUCCAACCACCGAGUUAUGGAGUGGCUGAGAUCUGUGGACCUGGCAGAGUACGCACCAAACCUGAGGGGCAGCGGCGUGCACGGCGGUCUGAUAAUGCUGGAGCCUCGGUUUAACUCGGACUCGCUGGCCAUGCUGCUGAACAUCCCUCCACAGAAAACACUGCUGAGACGCCACCUAACCACCAAUUUCAACAGUCUGGUGGGAGGACAAGCACAGCAGGAGAAGAGGGAGUACACUGAGGCGCCGGGCUACACCCCACUCAGCAUCACAGCUAAAGUUAAGCCAAAGAAGUUGGGGUUCUCUAACUUGACUCACCUCAGGAGAAGACGAGCGGACGAAUCCACAGAUUACGUCUGUCCCAUCGAGUCGUCCUCGCCUCCGUCGGGGCAGUCUGCGGUGAACGGGCUUCAGAUGCGUCCCUACGCCGGCUUCAGAGGCCUGAGCCCCAUCCUGGACAGAGAGCCAGACCGCUCCAGGGACCAGAUGGCGAUCACAGAGGGUACCAUGUUGCAAAUAGAAGCUCUGUCUGAAAGCAUCAACAACCUCACAUACCUGCUCAGCCGGGAGGAGCUGCAGAAGGAGCUGCGGCGGUCUCAGACGGCGCUAGUUUGAAGGACAAUGACCCGAUGGUGUUGCCUCUUCUAAUGCUGUCAAUCAACCACAGAGACACCUGUAGCAGCCAAUCUCACACCUGUACUGUACCUCAAGCCCCGGCCUAACACAGCUACUUCUGCUAGCUGCUGAUACCUCACGUAACACCUGCAGCCAUUCUACAGUCACACUGCAGAUACAACGGACCGAGAAUCGACAGUGGACUCGCUCAGUGCUCAAAACAAUCUUCAAGGGUUGCUUAACAAAAUCACACAUUUUAUUUUCUGCUAUGAUGAACUGAACUGUUACUCACAAGCCAUUUGUUACUGCUUUUCUUGUUUCCCUAUGCAAUAUACCCUCUAAUGAUCAUAAUGAGCACUGUGUACUGUACAUGCUGUGUACUGUAUUUGACAGGGGACAGCAGGGUCACAUGAGAUCCCUGUUUGUUUCACGGCAAACAAAGUUUAAUUCCUUUGUUCUUUAAUUUCUGGAAUCUCCAGUGCACAACAAAACAAAACAGCACAUCAGAUCUGAUUAGAGCAGCAGAAGAAGAGAUGGAAAGUUAAUUCAAUCAGUGGCAGGAAAACACUCACAUAAACAAUGAGAACUGAGAAUCAGACUGUUCAUUGCUCCCGUUUCGACAGUAACGGAAAUCACAAGCAUCAUAUCUGUAACAUGGUUUUCACGGGGAGGAUAAUGUGAAAGGACUGAAUGGGAUAAGAACUUAUCUAAACCAUGUUACUUUGGUGACAUUAGUUAUUUAAGCUCGGAAAGAUUGGAAGUGGGAUGAAUUAUAAUAUUUAUUAUGGAUUGAUAAAUGAAUGAACGGGUGAAUGGAUUGGGUGAAUGGAUCAGUCAUUAGACUGAAAUAAUGCACGUUUAGCCGCGAGCAAGGGCGCUAACGGCAGCUGAUCGACCACACGUGAUGAACCCUGACAUUCAUACUGACCUUAGGAGACACCAUGAUCACAGCUCCUCAGCUGAAAGUCCAGGGAGAGUCUUCAGAUCGGUGUGAAAGACUCAGCAUUUAAAGACAACUCACCGGUGCCUACGAUAUGAGAAGAAAGUUAUUCGUUCAGGUUUGGUGAUGUAUAAAAUUUGUGAAUGAGAGAAGCUUUAACAGCCUGAGAAAGAGGAAAUGACAGAUGCUGGAAAAAAAGUUAUUAUUCAACAUUAAUAUUUUGUGUGAUUGCAGCACAAAUUGUGCUUCAUUUGACCCUGUUGUCCCCUCUACGCCUCAGUGCAGCACUGGUUUAAAUGUAUAUUACUGUGACUGACACUGUCCACUUAGGGGAAGAAAAGCUAAUCAACAACUAAAAUGUGUGUAUGACUGUGCAAAUGGCAACAGACUGGUGCAGUAGGACAGUAGACUGUAAUAUUUAGUUGACAAAAUAAAAGCACUUUGAACAGA